GGCCGCCGCCAUCUUGGCGCCUCCUUUGCGCAGGAGCCGAGCUGGGAGUUCGUUCCGCGGUGGAGCAAACCACCGAGUCCGAAGCGCGGGGGGUAGGCGGGGCGAAGCCACAUCCUGGCAGCGGGAGAAACUAUCCGAUGGCUGCUGUGAGAACGGGGCGAUCUUAGGUCCAGUUUGGAAGGAUCUGGGAGGGCACCAUUUGGCAGCUGACAGGGGGGUGGGGCCGGGACCCUACCAUUUGCGAAAGAGGGGAGAGCUUGGGUUUUUUUGGGCUAAACCAUUGCGACUACGGGGGGGGGAGGGGUGUAUAUGCCUUUGGUUGUUACUGUUACAAAUGAUUCAUAUGCAUGUCUAUGAACGUCCGAGUGAUAGCGCUGAGUGGGUGGUACCACUGCAACUGCAUUCGGUAGGGUGUCCCACUAUCUAUUCGGCUCUAAGCGUAGGAAAGAGGGAGGGGCUGGACUGUACCAUUUGGAGAAGUAAAGGAACAGCACAGAUUUGAUGGGGGAGUCCGUUGUGAAUAGUGAGGGAGGAUCAAUUGGGAGGCUAUACUACGGGUGACACCAUUUGAGGCAGAGAGGGGAGGACAGGAGGGACCACUUUGAAUUUGGAGGAGUGUGGUAAUCCCCAAGUGACACCCUAAAGUAAAAGAGGUGCCAGGUAAAAGAGCCAUAGCAUUAGUAAGUGGAUAUUAGAAGUACAGAGGACAGGCCUCUUUUGUCCCCUUUCUAUUGGGCCAAUGGGUAGGAGUACUUAGGAGUGAGAGUCAUCAGAUGGGCCCAAGCCGUGCCAUGCCAAGGCCGUCCUCUUGUUAGGAGGCAGGGGUUUCUUCAAGCAGGCCGCCCGGAGGGUCUUCUCGCUGCCAUGGCUUCGAAUUGCACUGGAAACACCUCGGCCGCCAGCGUGGCCGCCACUCUGGGCAGCGCCCUCAGCGCUUCCAAGACCAAGACCAAGAAGAAGCACUUUGUCUGCCAGAAAGUGAAGCUCUUCCGCGCCUCGGAGCCCCUCCUGAGCGUCCUGAUGUGGGGAGUCAACCACACGAUUAAUGAGUUGAGUAACGUCCCCGUCCCUGUUAUGUUGAUGCCCGAUGACUUUAAGGCCUACAGCAAGAUUAAGGUGGACAAUCAUCUUUUCAACAAAGAGAACCUGCCGAGUCGUUUCAAAUUUAAGGAAUACUGUCCACUGGUGUUCCGAAAUCUCCGGGAGAGGUUUGGGAUUGAUGACCAAGAUUAUCAGAAUUCCGUGACACGGAGUGCCCCCGUCUACAGCGAAAGCCAUGGACGGUGCGGGGUUCGUUUCCUCACCACCUAUGACCGGCGGUUUGUCAUCAAGGCGGUGUCGAGCGAAGAUGUUGCAGAGAUGCACAACAUCCUAAAGAAGUACCACCAAUUCAUUGUUGAAUGUCAUGGGAACACACUUCUCCCCCAGUUCCUUGGCAUGUACAGGCUUACUGUGGAUGGUGUGGAAACCUACAUGGUGGUCACCAGGAAUGUGUUUAGUCAUCAGUUGACAGUGCAUCGGAAAUACGAUCUCAAGGGUUCAACGGUUGCAAGGGAAGCCAGUGACAAGGAAAAGGCAAAGGAUCUGCCGACAUUUAAAGACAAUGACUUUCUGAAUGAAGGCCAGAAGCUGCAUGUUGGAGAGGAAUCUAAAAAGAACUUUCUGGAAAAGUUGAAACGAGAUGUGGAGUUUCUCGCUCAGUUGAAGAUCAUGGAUUACAGUCUACUGGUAGGGAUCCAUGACGUGGACCGUGCAGAGCAGGAAGAAACAGAAAUUGAGGACCGGGCAGAAGACGAGGAGUGUGAGAACGACGGUAUUGGUGGGAACCCUGUUGGUUCCUAUGGAACCCCACCGGACAGCCCUGGCAACCUUCUCAACUUUCCCCGGUUUUUUGGUCCUGGAGAGUUUGAUCCAUCAGUGGAUGUCUAUGCUAUGAAAAGUCAUGAAAGCUCUCCCAAGAAGGAGGUGUAUUUCAUGGCCAUUAUAGAUAUCCUCACACCAUAUGACACAAAGAAGAAAGCAGCACAUGCUGCCAAAACUGUGAAACAUGGGGCUGGAGCAGAGAUUUCCACUGUCAAUCCAGAACAGUAUUCAAAACGCUUCAAUGAAUUUAUGUCCAAUAUCCUGACAUAGUUGUCUUCCCGUUGUUGGCAAAAGUGGAGAGAGAAAGAAGUGGGACAGGGGGACUAUAUCCAAAGCAACAAGAAUGUAGUCCCCUCUGUCUGAGUGUCAUCUUCUGUGAGUGUGGUAACAGCAGGACCCAGAAGAAAACUAGCUGUAGACCUCAGAAUCUUCUGCUUGACCUGGUGGAAAAAGUGGAAUUUUUUUUUAAAAAAAAAAUCUCCUUGUCUCUUCUUUUGGUUGCUAAAAUACACAAGACCCAAGGAAUGACACCACUUUUAUCUUAGAAGAGUAUUGCAGACUCCAGAUGGUCAUAUGCCAAUGUGAUUUUUUUUAACAAACAGACGUUAACUCUACCUGCGGUUGUUCCUUCAACUUGACUGUUUCUUCACUCAGAGCAAAGUCCCCUUGUUGCACCUUUCUCUAAAAACGGGACAGAAAACUGUGUGUCGCUCGGAGGACAAAAACUGUUACAAUGAUGUGAAGAAGCCAUUGAAUUGGAAGCAAAGACUUUUUCCGUACCUUAUUUUGAUAUUACAGGUUUUUUCCCCCAAACCCCAAAUAUCCUUUUGAAAGAUAUGGGGAGGGGAAGGUGAUAACAAUUUGCUUAUUAGAAUUUCAUGCAAAUCAAGGAAGAACAGGCAGCUAUAAAAGAAUCGCACAGCUGUCAAGACACCGUAGAUCCUUAAUGGAGAUAAUGACUAGAAGAUAGAGCAACACGAAAUCAAUCUCUUGACGAAUUGCAAAUUGUCUUGGAACACUUGGACUAAAUUGCCUCUGUAGUGUAACUGAUGUUCUACCAGUGUUACAUUAAUCACGGUUCAGCGCGCUUUUUUAAACCUUGAUCUGGUUGCAUACCCCAUAAGAUGAUGUUUGCCAUAAACAAGGCCACCACUUUUUAAAACAACAUAUUGUGUUGUGAAUCAGUGUGUUUAGAAAUCUGUUUCCCUGGAGAUUUUUUUGUUUUGUUUUUGUGAAUCCAUAUUGAAAGGAUUCUGGCCCCAGAACUUUGGAAAUGCAUAAUAAAUUGAUGCAAGUGACUGCGUUAUAACCACUAGGACAGACGAUAGGAAUAACCUGUGCUAGAUCAGUUUUCUGGAAGAAUGCAAACUCCUUGCCCCUGUUUGAAUUACAGCUCUCUUCCCUCUGUCUGCAGACUGUAACUCUGGAUUUCACAGCCAUGCGUGUUGAAACUGCUGAAGAUUUUGAAUGCUACACGUUGAUUCUGUUUUAAAUAUAACCAGGGAAGGGAGGGGGUAUUUGUGGGAUUCUUUUGUUUUGUUUUUACGAAAUGGAAUUCCCAAUUUUGAACCAUCACCUUGCAAUCAAGACACUGCUUACUCUGCCUUGGAACGGUUUCUCACACAUGCCUUUCUUUCCCUGAAUGUGGCUGUUGAGAUGUGUGCGUCUUGUGGCGUAGUACACCUUUUUGCUUUGUGGAGUCCACCUUGUUGAAAGUCUGGUGAAUGUGGGUUCUUUCCUUUCUUCCUCUACCGUGUACCCCUUCUCAGACGGGAUCCCCCCACCCAUGUACCAAAAAUUGGUAUUCCACUAUUUCAGACUCGGAACACACUUGAAAAUCACAACGUAGGUUGUAGAUAAUGUAAGCUUUCUUUAAAAUCCAUGAAUGAAAAGCAGUUCCUUAUAAAUGGGAUAUGGGAGUCCCUUUUCUGCCCACUUGUGGUUUCAAGGCAGGAUUGUUUUUUAAACUGGCAGAAACCACUGUCUGCAGUGUUUAGGUGUCCACUGAUUAUACCAUAAACUAAAUGUGAAUAUGUGAACAUAUUUAAAAAGUGAGAAUGAGUAUGUUUGACGGGCUGUAAAUGUUUUAAUAGCCAAAGGGCUACCUUUUUCCUCAAAGAGCGUGCACUUGAAGUCUGUUGUGAAAUAGAAGAUAUAACCUGUCUUUGUCCUGGUAAGAAUUUCCA